GCCACAUUUCCCGGAAGUGCAUGUGCUCCUACCAAAACAAGACCGCAACAGUUUGUCUACCAUUUGUCACCGUCACGAGCUUCAGUGAUGAUCUAAGCGUUCAGUUUAUAAUGUUUUUGAAAGAUUAGAAGCAAUGGCGUCUGGACAAUGCUAUGGAUGUGGCACAACCUUUGGAAUUUUCCGAAAAGAGCAUGGCUGUAAAAACUGUGGAUUUGCCUUCUGUAGCAGAUGUUUACCGAAAUCGAUUGAGGUACCAAAGCUGAACAAUGUCAAGCAUCAUGUGUGUAACAGGUGUCAUGAGAUUCUGACAGGAAGUUUCGUUGAAGCUCUGAUCUGCAUGUGUAUGUUAUUUCAGUACUACCACCCCCCAGACAGGAGAUCCCAGCAACAACAGGUCGAUGAGCUGCUGAAUGAGAUCGCUGAUGAGGUGACCAUCGAUGAUAAGUGCAACCCUGCCAAGGACGUGGAAGAGAGGCUGGUGAGGUUCAAGAAUGAUCCACCAAGGAAGGGAGGAGACAGGAAGUCGUCUGCCAGCAACAACCUGAACUCGGAUACUUCUGGCCCCCACAAGCCGUACACAAAGAACAUCCGAACUGCCACUGGUGGACGAUCAAGUCGGGAGCUCAAUCUGGAUGAUGUCAACAAUAUGAUCUCUGCCAUGGCAAAGGAGAUGGAGUUAGAUGCUCAGAAAGCUGUGGACGAUCUGCAGAAGGACAAGGAGAUCAUGGAGAGACUGAACGAACUGAAGAAAAAGAGAAAUACGAAAGGUGAGAACUCGGAGGAGGACAACGAGCAGUAUGAUGACAGUGAUGACGAAGAGUUUGUAGCCAAGAAGAUCAUCAAACAGGAUAUGAAGACUGGUGAAGAAGACGAGUUUGACCCAGACGAAUUGCCAUAUUGCUGUAUCUGUACCAACGAUGCCACCAUUAGAUGCCUCGGAUGUGACUUUGACCUCUACUGUGCUGGAUGUUUCAAAGAGGGCCAUGACAAGCUUGACCUUGUGGAUCACGUGACAGUGAAAUACACGCCACCAAAGGAAAGUUGA